GAGCAAUAACAAACGUAACGACACCGGCUGGCCGGCUGCGCGCUGCAUGCACUAGCAUUGAUCAAUGCACUGUGCUAGCUGUACGUACGAAGGUACUGUGCUGUGCUGAAGAUAUGGCGGCUUCGGAAAUCAGUCAGCGACAGGACUCUGAACUGAGGGGCUUUUCUGACAGCUCCGAGGAUGUCCAUUUCAAAACCAUUCCCUCCACCGUGGACCUUGAGAGUACAGGAGUGCCCCUCAACACCCCCUGGACAUUUUGGCUAGACAGGUCGAUUCCCAACUCAACAGCUGCUCAGGUAGAAGCCAAUCUACAAAAUAUUUACACAGUUUCAACUGUUGAGAGCUUCUGGGCAGUUUACAACAACAUCCCUGAUGUUGACAAGCUAGCUUACCGCUUCAGUUAUCAUCUAAUGAGGAAUGACAUCAAACCUAUGUGGGAAGAUCCAAGCAAUGCAAGCGGAGGAGACUGGAAAUUCAAAGUACCAAAAGAACAGACGGGGAGAGCGUGGAAAGAACUCUUACUAGCGACAAUAGGAGAGCGUUUUUCAGACUGCAUAUCACCAGAGGAUGAGAUCUGUGGAGUGAGCGUCAGUAUACGAAACCUAGACGUCGACAUCCUCCAAGUAUGGAACAAGAAAGCGGGACUGAAUGACAGCGAAAUCAACAGAGUGGUUGCCAUGGUGAAAGACAUACUACAGGGAAUCGAAAUCAAGACUCAUUUCUACAAAUCGCAUCAGCAGCAUCAUGCAUUUGAACGUGGACAGAAAAAAUAGACUUCGAUCCUUAAAGUAAAAAAAAAACUGAAGACUUCUUUUUAACAUUAUGUGAGCAAUCUGUGUGCUUUAUGGAUACUGGCAGUCACCAUGUGAUGAAUCCCUUGGGACCUUUCCGGCAGUCUCAUCACACACUCCUGUGUUUAUCACGUCAAAAAGGAGCACGGUUAGUGAGGAAAUAGGAGGUACGUACCCAGGGAUGAAGCAUGGUAUCGGAACCCUCAUGAAUGACAAGGAGGCUCCAAGGUUCAAGUACAUACCUGGCAGUAAAGGGCGCGCCCUUGGCACUGAAGAGGCGCCCUUGGUGUGUUGCCCUGUCGCCAUACGUGAGCAGUUUCAUUUAGCAGCAGAACCAUUCAAAGUAACCGGGGAAUACCCAUAGAGCUACAGAGUGCCCCCCC